AUGUCGGCAGAGCUCGUUGUGUCGCUGAAUGGCGGGGGGGGCUGCAGGAGCAGCCGGCUCCGCGGCAGAACUCGCCAGAGCAAUAACUGGCUGGGGCGGUGGGGGUGGCUGGGAAUGGCCGCGGUUACUGCUUCGGUCCGCGCUGGCAGACGUUCAGUUAACAAAUACGAUCUCUGUUUUUCUGCUGAAACUCUAUGGAGUUAUGGGGAGAAAUGUGCAUCGAUUCCUUUACACUUCUUAUUCAAGGGGUUUGUGAAAGUUGUCAAGAAUAAGGCGUACUUCAAGAGAUACCAAGUGAAAUUCAGGAGAAGGAGAGAGGGAAAAACUGAUUACUAUGCCCGCAAACGUUUGGUAAUUCAAGAUAAAAACAAGUACAACACCCCUAAAUAUAGGAUGAUUGUGCGUGUUACCAACAGAGACAUCAUUUGCCAGAUUGCCUAUGCCAGAAUUGAAGGCGACAUGAUUGUCUGUGCUGCUUAUGCCCAUGAGCUGCCAAAAUACGGCGUGAAGGUUGGCCUGACCAAUUAUGCAGCAGCGUACUGUACAGGUCUGCUGUUGGCACGCAGGCUUCUGAACAAAUUUGGCCUUGAUAAGAUCUAUGAAGGCCAAGUUGAAGUGACUGGUGAUGAAUACAACGUGGAAAGUGUGGAUGGAAAGCCUGGUGCUUUCACAUGCUACCUAGACGCAGGCCUUGCCAGAACUACCACUGGAAACAAAGUCUUUGGUGCUCUGAAGGGUGCAGUGGAUGGUGGUCUGUCCAUCCCUCAUAGUACCAAACGUUUCCCUGGUUAUGACUCGGAAAGCAAAGAAUUCAAUGCAGAGGUUCACCGCAAGCAUAUCAUGGGCCAGAAUGUUGCAGAUUAUAUGCGUUAUCUGAUGGAGGAGGAUGAAGAUGCUUACAAAAAACAGUUCUCCCAAUACAUAAAGAACAACGUAACACCUGAUGGGAUGGAAGAAAUGUAUAAAAAAGCCCAUGCUGCUAUACGGGAUAAUCCAGUGCAUGAGAAGAAACCCAAGAGAGAAGUCAAGAAAAAGAGAUGGAACUGUCCCAAGAUGUCCCUUGCCCAGAAGAAAGAUCGUGUUGCUCAGAAGAAGGCUAGCUUUCUCAGGGCCCAGGAGCGCGCAGCUGAUAGUUAAGACAACUUCCACAAUUUUCUAUGAAGCUUUGGAGAAAGUGGCAAUAAAUUUAUUGAGUAAG